AAUACAACGUAUUAUUCUUUGUUUUUUUGUUUUGUUUUUAAAUAUAAGUUAGAUGUUGUUCAUUAAUCAAUUUCAGAAAAUCUUUAUUUUUUAAAAUACCAGAAGUGCCGCGAAAAGUGCCAAAUGUUAAUAUGUAUACGAUAUAAAAAAUCAUAAUAGCAUUAUUAUUAUAUGAAAAAAAAGCGUAUCGAUGAUUGAAUAUCUAUAUAUUUUCUAUUCAUUAUUUUACGUUAUUGAAAUAUUUUAUUUAAUAAAUAUAUAAGCUUACUUUUUUAGAUAAAUCACUACCAGAUGGUGUUGGAUCUAGUUUCACAUGUAUUCAGUAGUAAAUAAAAUACGGUUGGAUUGGUUGGUUGGAUUUAACAUAAUUCAAGUAACAAAUUAACAACACAUCUUUCACAUUAGUUGAUUAAUUAUGUUAUAAAAUGUAUGUAUGUAUACCUAUAAAUACAUGAAUUGUAGUUAUAGCUAAAAAAGUUAGUUAGAAUGAAAAUAACCGCCGUUGACGGCGAGACGAUAACGAACGUGCGUAUAAAAUUCAAAGAUGUCAGAACGUGUUUAAACUGUCGUUAUAAUGGAAUUGACAAUGGAAGAUUUUAACGAUGGAGUGGAUGGUAAAUUGGCUUUUAGAAUGCGAAAAGUCAAUCCAGAACAAUUUCAUACUCUCGUCAAAAUGCAUUUGUCUUUUGAAUUAGAUCUUAAUACUGAAGAUAGUAGUGACUGCAUCAAUGAAAAGACAAAACUAAAAAAAUGGGGCCUCUUAAGUUUUUCAAAGAAACCAAAGUCAACAAUUAAUUUACAAAAGGGUAUAGAAGGAGCUAACUUAUCUGAAGAUGGAAUAAAUCAAAUGAAACAAUUAAUAGAUUAUUUGUCUAAAGAACAAAAUAUCAUGCAAGAAGGUAUAUUUAGGCGUACUGGUAAAUUAACCAGACAACAAGAUUUAAAGAGUUCAUUGUAUCAAGGAAUUCCAUUAAACCUUAACGAUGGCAGAUAUAGUGUACAUGAUUGUGCAUCAGUAUUAAAAGGAUUUUUGGCAGAAUUACCAGAACCAUUAUUGUCAGAUUUGCAUUAUCCUGCUCACUGUCAAAUUGCUGAAUUAUGUAGCUCUGAGGUAAAUGGAAAUGAUGCAAGAUUAUUAAGAUCCCUUCAAUUACUUCUGUUACUUCUACCAUCUAUGAACAGAAUUUUACUUAAACAUGUUUUGAAUCUUCUUAACAAGACAGCCAGUUUUGAAUGUAGUAAUAAAAUGAAUUGUGAUACGCUUGCUACUCUUUUUACUCCACAUUUAAUGUGUCCAAGAAAAUUAUCACCAGAAGCUUUACACAUCAAUUCCCAAAAUUUAUCAUGUUUAGUUGCUUUUAUGAUUAAAAAAGCAAGUGAAUUAUUUGAAAUUCCACCAAAGUUGGCCACAGAUAUAAGAGCUUAUUGGGUAGAACAAGAAAGAAAAUUAUUAAGUCCGAAACGCGUAGAUUUGAAUGAAUCUAUACCAGAUACAACAGGGACAGCACAUACUGUGUUCAGUUUUGUUGAUCACAAAUUAACAGCUAAAGCAAAUUCUACGCAAGAUACUCAAGCAGCUUUAGCUCAGCUUUAUGCUCAUAUACAAGCUAUGCCAGAAUCAGCUAAAAAACGUAGGCUUGUAAAACAAUUUAAUAAAGAAAAUGGUCAAGGUACACCUAGACAAGUUAAACACUGUCGAACCAAGAGCCUUGGAGAUUCAAUAAAAAAACAUAUAUUUCAGAAAAAGAUCUUAGGGCAUAAAAAGUUUAUUGACAUUAACAUAGGUUGCAAUAUUACUAGAUCGAGCAGCGAAGAAAAUAUAUUGUCUACGGAUCUAGAAAAAUCGUUGCUCCAAACGAAAAUGCUGCUUAGCAAAUCAGACGAUGAAUUGAGUGUAGACAAUUCUGAUACAAAUAACGAAAAUCUUCUUCAUACCAAACACAUUAGUAACAGCACUGGUAGUCUUAAUAUUCCCACAUUAAGGAAUUACAAAGAGAAAAGAAGGGCCAUGUUGAUGAGAUUUGUAAAUAUAAAAGAAGAACAAUUGGAUAAUAGUUAUCAUAAUUAUAUUAUGGAUGAACCAAGUAAAAGUUUGCAAGAAAACUCGUAUACAGAUGAUUCUAUGCGUUCAAAAAGUGAUGCAAAUAUAUCUCUGCAAGAACAUUUUAAUAUUGAGGAAUCAGAACAAGAUGAUAACACUGUCAGAUUAUUUAGACAGAUGAGUGAACCACCAGACAUGUAUUCUUCCCAAACUACUUUGCAUGAAACGAGUGAAAAUCAAUUAAUUAGACAAAAUUUAAGACCUACAUUGAGAACAAUUGAUGGAAUUUCGUCUUCUAAAGGUUCUAAGGAUAAUACGAAUAUAUCGGAACAACAUACGGAGGCAGAAUCAAAUACUGAUAAUGCAUGCAAUUUAUCUCCUAUUGUAAAAAACAGGCUGUGGAAUGUAUAUGUUGCUCACACAUCAACACCAUCAAAUUUAUUACGCAAAAGCUUAGUUAAUAAUGAUUAUAUGUUAACUCCUAUUACUAACAAUGAUAAAAGCAUGAGUCCAAUUACACAAAGUGCAACUAAAAUGACAAAAGCUAUGCAGGAAACAAUGAUGACACCACGAUCGAGAAAACCUGUAAUGAUGGUUUCAGGAUCAAAUCUCUGUAAUCUUGCUAUUGUUAAUAAUAGCUGGAAUCAACAUAGCAUGUCUAACAAUAUACGAGGAUCAAAUCUUGAUAUUAUAGGUUCAAUGAACUAUACUUCGAUUCUAGAAGAAUCUCAGAAACCUAAUAAUACUGACAGUGAAAUUAUAUAUGGAGAUAUCGUUGAUUCGGAAAAUAAAGAAAACUUUAACAAAGAACUAACAGAACAACGAAAACUUGUUUCUUCGGUUCCGGAUGACUGUUAUGCGGUCGCACAACAAAGCACCGUAUCUAUAACAAGUACAUUUAGAGAAUAUUUAUUGUCGAGAAGUGUUUUAACCGCUAGUCCCGUUGAUCUCAGUUUUACAUCACGUACGGGAGACUUCGAGCAAUCAGAAUCUGACUUAAACAUCUUAAACGAAGAUGGUCUUUCUGAUAGUUUACUUUGUUGUUUAGAUGGAAAUCAACCAGAAUCUGAUACCUCCGGUAUCAUUUCUGGUAGUACUAAUAGUGCAAGCAAUUCAUUGGAAAAACACGACGAAGGUACAAAUUCACCAAGGAAACGAGCAACUAGCUUACAACGUAACGACUCAAAAAGAUCGAUACGAGAAAACAGAAUAUCAAAAAGUAUACGUGAACAAGGAUUUAAAUAUAAACAGUUGAGCGAAUCAACAUUAAAUUCAGUGAAAAUAAAAGAUACAUUUCAAGAAACUUCAUUUUGACAAAGUGACAUACUUAAAAUUAAAAGAAAAAUCAACGUAUUUCAAUACACUGUAUAAUAAUACGUUAACGGUUAACCCUUUAUGUCACUUAUUUAUCAAUGAUGCUUGAAAAUAAAAAUAAUCUGAAUAUAUAUUCGUCAUGAAAAUUUGUAUCUCAAAGCUUUUGCAAUUUUUAUACUUGUUUAACAAACUAAAAUAAUUAAACUAGUAACAUUUACACAAUGAAUGUUAACAUUUCAAUAAAUGAAAAUAAUGUAUAAAAUUUUUUUAUAGCGAACGAAGUCUUUAUACUACUUACAUUCAUUUUUAUUUCAACUACAACAGAAUUACAGAAACGAGAAUCUGCAUAUAAAAUAGGAUACACAAAAUUGGUCAUAGAAAAAUAUAGUUUCUAGAAAUCUAUAAAUGUAAUUA